ACUGGGUGUUGAGGUGGUUAAUGGCAGUUAGAUGAAUGUAACUAGAAUCCAAAGAGUUGUUCUCCUCAACAACCAAUGCCGUCGCUGUUUCUCGACAUCAACCUGCUUCGACAUAGCAACUUGCAUUGCGUCCCUUCAGUCAUGUGCCCACCAUGCCAACCUCUCCAAAGGCAAGGAGCUCCAUUUGUAUGCAAUCAAAAGCGGGUAUCUUGCAUCGCCGCUUGUCGUAACCAGCCUCAUUAACAUGUACUCGAAGUGCACCCUCAUGAGCAAUGCCUUCAAGGUCUUCAACUACCCUACCGAUCUUGAUAAGAAUGUCUUCGCCUACAAUGCUGUCAUUGCUGGAUUUGUUGGGAAUGGGCUUUCCCUUGAUGGCUUCUUGGUUUACAAGCGAAUGCGCCAUCUGGGUGUCACUCCGGAUAAGUACACAUUCCCGUGUGUGAUCAGAGCCUGUGUGGAGGAUUUAGAGGUUAAGAAGAUUCAUGGAUUGUUGUUUAAGUUUGGAUUGGAGUUGGAUGUGUUUGUAGGGAGUGCUCUGGUUAAUACUUAUAUGAAAUUUGGGUUGGUGAUGGAUGCACAUGAGGUGUUUGAGGAAUUGCCUGUUAGAGAUUUGGUACUUUGGAACUCAAUGCUCAAUGGGUAUGCACAAGUUGGGCUGUUUGAGGAGGCUCUGGAGGCAUUUAGGAGGAUGAGGAAGAAUGGAGUGGUUGCUUGUAGGUUUACUGUUACAGGUGUUUUAUCUAUUUUUUCUGUGAUUGGAGACCUUUGCAAUGGAAGAGCUGUUCAUGGAUUUGUGAUGAAAAUGGGUUAUGAUUCCAGUGUGGUUGUUUCGAAUGCACUGAUUGAUAUGUAUGGGAAAUGCAAAUGCAUUACUGAUGCCUUGGGUGUUUUUGAGAUGAUGGACGAGAAGGAUAUCUUUACAUGGAACUCAAUCAUCUCUGCUCAUGAAUGUUGCGAUGAUCAUUAUGGAACUUUGAGGCUCUUUGAUAGGAUGCUGGGAAACAAGGUUCAACCUGACUUGGUCACAAUUACGGCAGUGCUUCCGGCUUGUACUCAUCUAGCAGCCUUGAUGCAUGGUAGAGAGAUACAUGGGUUUAUGAUUGUAAAUGGGUUGGGAAAAGAUGGAAGCAACAAUGGUUUUGAUGAUGUUCUGUUGAAAAAUGCUCUGAUGGACAUGUAUGCCAAAUGUGGAAAUAUGAGGGAUGCUCGCAUGGUUUUCAAUAAAAUGAGAGAAAAGGAUGUGGCCUCAUGGAACAUAAUGAUCACUGGUUAUGGAAUGCAUGGCUAUGGUGAUGAGGCACUGGACACAUUUUCUCGUAUGUGUCAAGCUCAGAUGGUGCCUAAUGAAAUUAGUUUUGUUGGAUUGUUAUCCGCAUGCAACCAUGCCGGCAUGGUGGAAGAGGGGCUUGAGUUUCUAGCCGUAAUGGAAUCAAAAUAUGGCGUCUCACCAUCCAUUGAACACUACACCUGCGUGAUUGACAUGCUCAGUCGAGCUGGAAAGCUCACGGAGGCAUAUGAGUUGGUACGAACAAUGCCCUAUCAAGCUGAUCCUGUAGGAUGGAGGUCUUUGCUGGCAGCAUGCCGUCUCCAUAAGGACCCGGACUUGGCUGAGAUUGCUGCGAGCAAGGUGAUUGAACUUGAACCGGACCAUUGUGGGAACUAUGUAUUGAUGGCAAAUGUUUACGGAGUUGCUGGUCGAUAUGAAGAAGUAUCAGAGGUGAGAUAUGCAAUGAGGGAACAGAAUGUGAAGAAGAGUCCAGGGUGUAGCUGGAUUGAGCUCAUAAAUGGCUUGCAUGUUUUUGUAACAGGUGAUAGGACCCAUCCCCAAACAGAAAUAAUUUAUUCUGGUUUAAAUUCAUUGGCAACAGUUAUGCAUGAGUAUGGAUAUGUCCCAUUGAUCUAGCAUUUGGUAUGCAAGAGAAAGUCUAUUCACACAUCAAAAUGUAAACUUCCCUUUGCUUAAGAGGUAGUCCAAAAGUUGCUUUGAAUUAAUGUCAAUUGUCCACAUUAAUUGUAAUUAUUAGGAUUGCUCAUAACUCUACAUAGGAUAUUUAUAUCAGCUACCGG